UUUAUUCCAAUUUUUAGAUACGAGAAGAAAUAAUGAAGGGAGCUAUGGAUUUGAUAUACAACUUUAACAACAGUUUCCAGAUUAAUAAGCGUAAAUCUGAUCCCUAUUUGAAAUAUAUAAUUCCCCAAAUGUCCACUGAAAAAAGAGUGUUUAUUACAAGAUCAGACGAUGUAAAAUUUGCAAUAGGAAUGAUCGUAACACAUCAUAAUAUGUGUGAAGAUAAUUGUACUGGAGUUAUUAUUGGAUGGGAACAACAUACAAACACAUAUGUUAAAUUCGACGAAGUAACGAAUUGUGAUGAAAUAUAUGCAGAACUAGAUAUCUUGCCACUGAAUCACUGUUACAAUCAACAGUUUAGAGAUUCCGAACAAACCAAUUACAUUAUUCUUACCAAUAAUAAUAAAAUCUGUUAUGUCAAUGAAGAUUCUAUAACUUUAACAACGCCGAAAUGGAUCGAUAAUAGCGAAAUAGGUCGUUAUUUUUGCAAAUUCGAACACACGCAUUACAUACCAAAUGAAGAGCUGGCAAGAAUCUAUCCGCAGGACGCUGCUAUAGCAGCCCAGAGAACAAUAUCUGAUUCCUAGCGACCAUUUAACAGUGGACUGCCUCUUCUCAUCGCGCGUUUGUAAUUCAUUUUUUAUUAAU